GCCGUUGGUUCAUAGUUCAUUCACCGUGUUGGUUAAUGUGUUCUACAGGGAUGAACUCGAAUCUAUGCUCUUGCAAGUCGUACAAAGCUUGCAGGAUCGAGAUCUACAGGCAACACUGGAACAGGGUUUAUCAGCAACAUCCCCGAACGACCAAGAGAACGGUCUCGAAGAUGUUGAUAUCGCAUUGCUCUUCCGCCCUCUCUCGGUUCUCAUCGAAGCCGUCGAGUAUCGCCAGCUAUUCCGCGACCAUAAUCUACAUAUCUGGGCCCUGCAACUUUGCAGACGCAUGGUGCAGAGAGCCAAUAUCAAAUCUCCCUUGAACCCAAUUGCCGCGGAUCACCAAUAUCAGUGUCUCAGCAGCGCCAGAACUGCACUUCACCUUAGUAUCGUUGCCGACGCGGACCUCAUGUACAGUGCUGGUGAUUGCCGCGCACUGUGGAAAUGCACCAGGGUUGGCAUCAACCAUGGAAAGCGCCGCAGGGAAGACUUUACAUGGUUGCUUGACUUCAUUGUUCAUCACCGCGACACCAAGGACCACCUUGCUGUGGGCGAUGCCCUCCAAGCAAUGAGCACGGUAGGCGAGGUAGAGUGGCCUGAAAAUUUGAUGCAGGUCUACUACUCGAGCAUUUGUGCAGCCAUGGGUCCGGAUAUACCCGCCCGAACACGUCACUCUGGAAUGGCGGCGCUUCACGCAGUCCGGAGAAAGGUGGCUUCAGAUGAUUUAACACCGAGCAUGAUGGUCAAUCUCUCCCUUGCGCUGUUCUCUACCGCUGCUCUUUCCAUCGAUCCUCCUGUAGACGACCAGCCUUCUAAUGCCUUACCCCUCUCCGAGAGUGCGCGAUCAUUGGGGCGUGACCUGUGUUACAUUCAAGUUAUUUUUGCGCUCCAGCAAGCCCGCAAAUGGGACGAGUAUUUAGUGAACGACGGGCACCUUGAGCGAUGCGCUGGGCUCGCCGCUACCCUGGAAAACGAGAAUCGCAGUGGGCACACGCGGGUGCUGUCUCAGCUGGACGCAGGACAUCUCGCGCUUUACCUAGCAGCCAUCCUCGCGAGGGAACAGCACCACACCACUUUUAGCACAGAUGCAGCUGGCAUCUCCACACCGAUGAAUACAAAUAAACUGUGCUGGAAACUCAUUCGCAAAGCUUGGGCGUAUGCAUCCUCGCAGCGGCUAGACGAGGGUGUGCAACGCGUCGUCCCCAUCCUGGUCCAGCAUACCCUGCGACAUGUGAAGGGAGGACAACAGAACGUGUCACGCUCCAUGGAGGCAGCGGUGUCGAAAGUAUUGGCUGCACUGCGGUCAAUAUCAAGUGUUGAUGCGGAUGAUGAUCAAGUUAAUGAAUUGACAGAGCUAUUGGGAUUGGGGGAGAAGGUGGAGAGUACGACGAAACUUUACAUCGAGAGCUGAUGUACAUGUAGGUGCAUAUCCUGACAAGCGCAUGUAUCACAUCAUCGCAUCAUUCGCAUGGAGAACAAUUCUUGUAGACUGAGUCUUGAUAGAAUCAUCUGAAUCAUGUAGGACAAUCAAACGGAAAGAUUUGCAGGGGAAUGACGAAUCCUGAAUGGCUGAAAUG